AUGAAUCUCCAUGAAUACCAGGCCAAGGAACUACUGAAAAAAUACAAUGUACCCGUGCAGGAAGGCAUCCCCGUAGACAAUGCAGGUGCUGCAGAAGAGGCUUACAAACAAUUAAAAGUGAACUAUGGCAACAGCUUUGCCGUAGUAAAAGCACAGAUACAUGCGGGUGGCCGUGGUAAAGGAAAAAUUGUGGGUACAGAGCAACGCGGUGUGGCCGUGGGUAAAAAUGCAGAAGACGUAAAACAGAUUGCCUCCCGCAUACUGGGCGGCACACUGGUAACCAUACAAACCGGCGAAGCGGGUAAAGUGGUAAACAAAGUGCUGAUUGCACAGGAUGUUUACUAUCCCGGUGCCAACCCGGUAAAAGAAUUUUACCUGUCUGUAUUGCUUGACAGGGCCAAAGGCCAGAACGUAAUUAUGUACAGCACCGAAGGCGGUAUGAACAUUGAAGACGUGGCACACGAUACCCCCGAAAAAAUAUUUAAAGAAUGGGUACAUCCCGGCGGCACCCUGCAGCCCUUCCAGGCAAGAAAGAUUGCCUUUAACCUGGGCCUCAGCGGAGAAGCACUGAAGAACUGCGUAAAGUUUGUUACCAAUCUUUACAAUGCCUAUGUAGGUCUGGAUUGCUCCAUGCUGGAAAUAAACCCCCUGUUUAAAACCAGCGAUGAGAAAAUCAUAGCAGUGGAUUGCAAAAUGAACCUGGAUGACAACGCCAUGAUGCGCCACCCCGAACUGGAAGCACUGCGCGAUAUCAGCGAAGAAGACCCUACCGAAGUAGAAGCAGGCAAAUACAACCUCAACUUUGUAAAACUGGAUGGUAACGUUGGUUGCAUGGUAAAUGGUGCAGGCCUUGCCAUGGCCACCAUGGACAUGAUUAAAUUAAGCGGUGGUGAGCCCGCCAACUUCCUGGAUGUAGGUGGUACCGCCAAUGCACAAACGGUGGAAGCCGGUUUCCGCAUUAUCUUAAAAGAUCCAAAAGUAAAAGCCAUCCUCAUCAAUAUUUUUGGUGGUAUUGUGCGCUGCGACCGUGUAGCCCAGGGUGUAAUUGAUGCGUACAAAAGCAUGGGCAAUAUUACUGUGCCCAUCAUUGUGCGCCUGCAGGGUACCAAUGCCACAGAAGCCAAGAAACUGAUAGACGACAGCGGUCUGAAAGUAAAAUCCGCCAUCGUACUCAGCGAAGCUGCUGAACUGGUAAACCAGGCCGUGGCAUAA